AUGGCUUGGCCUGCGCGCGAACGUCGUAUCACCCCACUGCCAUCCAGCCUAGCCGAACGCUUCGGCACCCCUCCCUCCUUCCACAUCCACACCGUCGAGGAUCCCCCUUCCCAGUCGUCGACGUGGCCGGCGAGGACGACAGUGAGAGACGUCGAGGUCCCUUCGUGUGGAGGCUACACCAACGAGGAGGCCAGGGCGCGGCCCGUCCUUCCUAAAGAAUCCCGCUAUGCCAACGCGAGAUCCACCCCUCUCGCGACGGAUCCUACGACGAUGACGAUGUCGUAUAGGGAUGAACGCCACUCCGGCGAGCCUGCCUGGUAUCGCCCGCCCCCCACGCCGCCGUCAUCCUACCAACGCCAUAUCCCCCCCUCCCUCCGGCAAAGCCAGGUAAUUUACCCCUCCCAACCCCUCUCGGAGGGGGAGGAUAGGCGCGAGGUGGGGAUGAUGGUCUCCUCGAUAGCAUUUCCCUCCACCGGGGGUGAACCUCGUCGUGUUUUCAACGUUCAACCGCCCAAACCGCGCGGGGAGGAGAUCUGCGCGGCGUUGCAGGGCGUCCGUGAGUCCUUAUCCCGGCAAACCUCCGUAAUCCAAGCCCAAUCCGAGCUCCAGCAGUCCCUCUUACACACCACCUUGCAGGCUCAGGAAAACUUCGAUCGGGUGUUUGUGGAGUUCAAAGACGAGCUUCGCGCAACGCGAGAGGUGUUGGUGCUUUUACUCGACCACAGGGAUCGGUCAAACGCGCGGCGAAGCCCCGCAGGCGACGGGGUCGACAACAACGCGAAGACAUUCCCAAAUGAUAAAGAUUGUCAAGAAAAGAUGCCUGGUGUAAAGCUCAUCGGCACCGUUCGACGCAGAAAACGGAAUGCCAGUUCGCUCCACACAAACGUUGAAACGCUUUUGGGAGCCACACAAUCCAACCAAAGCAACUCAUCCGCGAACACCCCAUCUGAUGCCUCGGCGUUGCGUAAUGAGGCGUGCCCAACACAUCGAGCGGGAUCUCCGGAGUAUUCCAUUCCCUUGCCCGUGCGCGCGGAUGUGGGGUUUUCACCGAAGAAGAGAAUUACCGCGAUUAAAAAUGAUGGUGACGACAGUGAAGCUGCCGGGGAUGAAGUUGAGUGGAGAAAGAAACAGCAACGACGGAGUAUCGACUCGGAGCCCCCUGCUGCCAUGCAUUUAUCGGCCACAACCCAUGAUGAGGGGGCAUUUGAUCGUGAAGAAGACGUCUUCUUUAUAUAG